GAGCUGGGCAAUGGAGCGAAUGUGAAUGGAAACGGGAUGGAACAGGCGAACCAUGUCAGUCAUAUCAUCGUGGCAGAGUUCGAUAUCGAUGCUGGGUCGACGGUGUCGCAUCAGUACCCGGCGCCCGUAGGUUAUGAGGAUGGGUAUGCCUUCUCUGCUCCUUCUUCGCAUUUCGAGAUCUAAUGAGUCUGAGUAGACAACUGGCAGAACUCAUGCUCCCCGACCAAGCCCACACCCGCUCCGAAGACUGGACAAUCUUCUUCCUCCGCAUCCCUCUCACAUCCUCAUCCUCCUCCUCUUCCCCACCACCAACCUCCCCCGACAACGAGAAAGAAACUCAAUUAUACUACGUCCUCAACCUCGUCAACACAAAAACCAUCCCCUCCGCCCGCCGCGGAGCAAAAACAAUGGCGAUAGCCCUCCUGACACCUCACCCAUUCCUCCACAUCUACAAACCUCUCCUCCUCCUCGCCUUAUCAGACUACUUUUCCUCUCCCACCACCACGACCCUACAGACGCUUUAUGAGGCGUGUAAUCGGAUGGAUGUUAAGGGGUGUCCGAGGUUGACUGGGGGGGAGAGGGUGUUGUUGGGGAGUACGGAGAGGAAGGAUAUGUUUGAGGAGAGGUUUGGAGGGGGAGAGGGGGCGCAAGGACCGAGAGGGGCGAAGGAUACGCAUUUUUGGCAGACGAGGGUGGACUACCGCGGCCAUUCGGUCCCAAUGUCGAUCCCCCUCUCCACUCCCCCAGAAAUCGUCGGUGACUUUUCAUUGAUCACGUUCCUCACAACAUUCUCCCAACACCCACCCCCACCCAACCACCCCCAUCCCCUAACAACCCUCCUCUCCGCCCUCCUCUCCAACCGCCGCAUCCUCUUCCUCGGCCACGGUCUCCCAUCCUCAACAGUCUCCUCCUACGUCCUCGCCGCCAUCGCAUUCGCCUCAGGCUGGGGCCUCCUCCGGGGCUUCGUCGAUCGCGCAUUUCCGUAUACGAACCUCUCACGUGUCGAGGACGUGGUGGGGAAAGAGGGGGAGAGGAGGAGGGGGUACAUCGCUGGUGUCACGAAUUUGGUUUGGGAGAGGCAUGUGGAGUGGUGGGAUCUCCUCUGUGAUAUUUCAACGGGUCGAAUCACCGUAUCACCCUCUGCCGCACCCCUAACGCCUACCAUGUCCUGUCCCCCCAUCUUGGCUCCAUACAUCCGGGAAUCUGGAGGAGGAACUGGGGGUGUGCAGGAUCCGACGGACGCGACGGGAACGGUACAGGAGUUGUUGACGAUGAUUGCGGCGCAUUAUGGGGAACAUGCUAUUCGUCUCCGUUGGCGUGCGUUUUUGUCGAGGUUUGUCCGGAUGUCGGCGACGUACUUCCAGCUCAUCCACCACGAUUCCUCACUUCUCGAGGUAUCGGCCCCGGCGACGAGGGGUUCUGCUUCUGGGUUGGAGGGGAGUGGAUGGGUUUGGAAGGAUGAGGGUAGUAAGAUGAGGGAGCUUGCGACGGGAUGGCGACGGUUCGAAGCAUGGCGCGGCACGGAGAGUUGGCGAAACUACCAGGCGGAUGUAGCCAAGGCAAGACAGAGUGUACCGUUGCCGGGCAUCGACUUGGUGUACCAGGUCGAUCGGUUGCGUGUCCCACGGAGUCUGGGUCCAGAAGAAAGCGCCGCAAUCUACGCCGCGUUACACGACUUGACCAUCCCAAACGACGACUCAGACCUCACCAAAGACCGACUAACCCAUCUCCUCACCGCAUUCGCCUACCAAACAACCGACGGCACUCCCGGACAAUCUCUCAGCCCCCUAGCAAUGGGCCUCUUCCACCCCUUCCCGCACAUCCGCGAAAUGACUUCGAACCUACUUUUACAACUGGAGCAACACGAAGCGGGCCGGCAUUUUGUGGAUGGGUUGAAUCGGUUUCAGAGGUUGGUGUGGAUGAGGGAGUGUGGUGGUGAAUUCAAGAGAAAUGGGAUGAUGGGCGUGGAUGGGUGUGUGAGGGUUUGAAUGGAUGUUCGGUCGGUGUGGAAUGAUGCUGAAUCGGUAGGAAUUGCUUGAGUAUAUUUGACCGGAAUGGAAGAUGGCUGAUAACUUUUUUUCAUAGUCCGAUCAUGCUAUGUUGCUGAUACCUGAGCCGCUGCAUAAAGGAGUUAUGUCGUACCACUUCCAUCAGGAUCGGUAACAUG